AUGGCGAUGGCUAUGGCGAUGCCGGCGCCGAUCGCGGACGGGGAGUACACGGCCGUCAUCUACGGGCUGAUCCGGGCCGGGCGCUACACGACGGCGGCGGCGAUCCUGAGCAGCGAGCUGCAGCGGAGCUGCCGCUCCCGGGCCGGCCUCUCGCUCCUCGGCUACUGCUACUACCAGCUGCAGGACUUCGCGGCCGCGGCCGAGUGCUACGAGCAGCUGGUGGCGCUGCACCCGGAGCUGGACGAGUACCGGCUCUACCAGGCCCAGGCCCUCUACAAGGCCGGGCUCUACGGCGAGGCCCUGCGGGCCGCCAGCCCCCUGCUGGACGUGCCCGCCUAUCAGGGCCGCGCCUUUCGCCUCCAGGCUGCCACCCACUACGCUCAGGGCGAUCUCCCUGCAGCCAAGAGCCUGGUGGAGCAGGUGCUCACGGCUGCGGCUGAGGGGGCAGCGGGGGGCUCCGACGGGUCGUGGGAGGUGCCUGAGGCAGAGGUGAACCUGGGCUGCCUACUGUACCGUGAGGGGCGGCAUGAGGAGGCCUGCAGCAAGUUUGCAGGUGCCAUGCAGGUGCUGGGCUAUUCCCCAGAGCUGUCCUACAACAUGGCCCUGUGCUGCUAUGCCGCCAAGCAGUACGACCUUGCCGUGAAGCACAUCUCUGAGAUCAUUGAACGAGGCAUGCGCCAGCACCCGGAGCUCAGCAUCGGCAUGACCACCGAGGGCAUCGACGUUCGCAGCGUCGGCAACACCCUGCUCCUGCACCGCACUGCCCUGGUGGAGGCCUUCAACCUCAAGGCAGCCAUUGAGUACCAGUUGCGCCACCUGGAGGCAGCCCAGGAGGCGCUGACGGACAUGCCGCCGAGAGCCGAGAAGGAGCUGGACCCCGUUACACUGCACAACCAGGCGCUGAUGAACAUGGACAGCCGGCCCACUGAAGGGUUUGAGAAAUUGCAGUUCCUUCUGCAGCAGAACCCCUGCCCACCAGAGACCUUUGGAAACCUGCUACUGCUGUACUGCAAGCACCAGUAUUAUGACCUGGCUGCUGAUGUGUUGGCAGAGAAUGCCCAUCUGACCUAUAAACUGCUCACGCCUUAUCUGUACAACUUCUUGGAUGCCAUGAUUACAUGUCAGACUGCCCCUGAGGAGGCCUUCCACAAGCUAGAUGAGCUGGCAGGGACACUGACUGAGCAGCUGAGAAAUCUUGCAAAACAGGGGCAGGAAGCUAGGCAAAACCGGGAUGCUGAAGCUAUCAACAAGUCAGUUAGCGAAUAUGAUGAGACUCUGGAAAAAUAUGUGCCUGUCUUGAUGGCUCAGGCCAAGAUCUACUGGGACAUGGAGAAUUACACAAUGGUGGAGAAGAUUUUCCGCAAGUCAGUUGAGUUCUGCAAUGAACAUGAAGUGUGGAAGCUGAAUGUGGCUCACGUGCUCUUCAUGCAGGAAAACAAGUACAAAGAAGCCAUUGGCUUCUAUGAGCCCAUUGUAAAGAAGCACUACGAUAACAUACUGCAAGUCAGUGCUAUUGUGCUAGCCAACCUUUGUGUUUCCUAUAUCAUGACAAGCCAAAAUGAAGAGGCAGAGGAACUGAUGAGGAAGAUUGAAAAGGAGGAGGAGCAGCUUUCCUAUGAUGACCCUGAUAAAAAGAUCUACCAUCUCUGCAUUGUCAACUUAGUCAUCGGAACGCUCUACUGUGCCAAAGGAAACUAUGACUUUGGCAUCUCAAGGGUAAUUAAAAGUUUAGAGCCUUAUAACAAAAAGUUAGGUACAGACACCUGGUAUUAUGCCAAAAGGUGCUUCCUGUCAUUGCUGGAGAACAUGUCUAAACAGAUGAUCAUGCUGCGUGACAACGUAAUUCAAGAGUGCGUCCAGUUUCUGGAGCAGUGUGAACUCUAUGGCAGGAACAUCCCAGCUGUUAUUGAGCAACCCCUUGAAGAAGAGAGGCUGCAUAGUGGGAAGAACACAGUUACAUAUGAAGCCAGACACCUGAGGGCACUGAUGUAUGAGGUGAUUGGGUGGAAUAUGUAAAUGAUGUUGGAAUAUAAUCUGGACGGGGCUUUGAAUCUUCAGUUUUGUUUUUUUGUUGAUACAAAUUUAGGCUCUCUAGAACAGUUUGUUUUCUCUUUGAUCCACCAUAUUUGAAUAUUUUUGUCCUGCUGUUUUGCUGUAUUAAAUGGAAAUAGAGUAUUAACAGAAAAUUUAUGUGAUUAAUGGCUAAAGCUAUUCUCAGUGGUCAUGUCUGCACAUAACUCUUUUAAAUAGGAUUAGCCUAACAAUUGCCAUUUUUAAGGUGCAUGUCCACACGUGUGCGCCCUUAAUGCACCUUACAAAUGUCGAUUUUAGGCUAAUCGUUCCUAAAUCUGAUACCUGCGUAAAGCAAGUAUGACAUUUAGGUGCAAAUAGUUGAGUCACAUUAGCCCACGUGCAUAGACUCUUAAUGCGCAUUAAUGCAGUGUGCGUCAAUGGACACACACCGUGUUAGUGCAUGUUAGCACAUCUGCACGUGGGCUAAUACAACUUAGCUAUUUGCACCUAAAUUUAAUGUGCCUUAAUGCACAUUAGCAUGUCCAUGUAUAGAUGCACACCUAAAUUGCCUUAAUGUGCCUUAAGCAAAGGCAUAUCAAAUUUAGGAACACGUAAAUACACAUGUAGACAUGCCCAGUCAUUAGUGUAUUGACUUACCGCUGUGUAUAGUGUGUUGACUUAAGAUCGGACUAUUAAGAACUCCAUAGAAAUCUGUGGAGUUUCUACUGUGUGAAUAGUUCAUUGUUUUGAAGCUAUGUUAACUGUAUGUUGUCACUUUGAAAUAAGGUUUCAUCCUUCUCUUCCCAAUUUCCCUCUUCUGAGAAAUGCUUUCUUGCAUUUUUAUUUUUCUAUUGAGCUUUUAAUAUUUUUAAGCCACGUUGGUUAUAUUUUCUACAUAUAGAAAUUACAGUAAAAACAGAAAAAAUGAAUGCUCUAAUGCAGUGCUGCUCAACCUUUUUCCCCAGCAGGCCACAUGGGCAGUGCCUGGUCUAACUGCAGGCUGGAUGGUAGUUCCAGUCCAGUGCCCAGAGCCAGUGUGGUAGGCACCUUCUGGCCACACAGAGGGGAGUGGAGGGCAGCCUGACUUGAGCCCUGCCCAACAGAGGGUAAAGGGACUUUACCCAGCCCCAUGAGCAGGGGGUGGGGAUGAGCCUGGGAGCAGGGGUAAAGGGGACAUGGUUUGGCCCUGCAGGGGGGAGGGAAAGUGACUUGAGCACCACUUAGCCCUGUGAGGAGGGUUAGGGGGCCCAGCUUGGCUGCAGUCCAGCACUGUGUUGGGGGAUGGGGCAUGUCAGUUCCCAGGGCCAGUGUGGUGGGCACCACUGGCCACACAGAGGGGAGGGGAGUGGAGGGGAGCCCUGCCCCGCAGUGGGUAAAGGGCCUUUACCUGGCCUCAUGGGGAUUGGGAAUGGGACAUGACCUGGCCUGGGAGGGGGGAUGAAGGGGACAAGGCUUGGCCUUGAAGGGCAGGGGGAGGGCGCAUGGCUUAAGCAGAACUCAGCCCUGGAGGCAGGGAGGAGUAAAGGGGGCCCAGCCUGGCCCCAGUCCAACCCUGUGGGGGGAGAGGGCGUGGCUUUCCUCCGACCAAGCCUGCAGGGCUUGGGGUUUGGGAAUUUGGCUAGGGAGAGGAUGGCCAUAUUAAUGGCCAUUACUUCCCCGCCACCCAAUUUCCCAGCCUAUGGGGAGCCCCACAAACCAGGUGUGAUGGCUCUAUGGGCUGCCUUUGGCCUGUGGGUGGAGAUUGAGCACCUGCUGCUCUAGUGCUUGAGCAAGUGAUGGGUCUAAUUCAGAAGCUGAGAUGGCAGGGAGCCGAGUAAAACAGCAGAGAAAUGGGAGCUUGCUCUGCUUUUCUUUGUCCAAUGAGAGGCGAAAGAAGGCUGUAGUCCUCCUGAUUCUGUGGUUUACAAUAGCUCAUUGCAUUGGUGGGAGGAGUAUUGCUGCACAUUUUAAUAUAAAAUGGGCUGUGAGAUUGCUCAGUCCUCACUACUUAUAGUCUAUCUUCAGAGCUGUCUGGUUAGGUCACUGCUGUUACUUCCCUGCCAACAAGAACUGUUAGAUACAGCAUACAACCAGUCUUACACUGGUGUAGGGACUCCCUUUUCACUAUUAAUGCUUAAAAUAGCAUCUCUUACCUUGUUUGGCACUGGGUAUUUGCUCUGUGAGCAAUCCCUCUGUCCAUCUGCUAUCAAUACCACUCUCAGGAUUUACCAGCCUCUAGUAAAGAGACCAUGUGAAUGGGUAAAUAGACCAGGAUCUGCACUGUUCAAAAGUACAUGAUUCCAACCUCAUGCAAGAUAUAUAGUUCCUAAGAAAAUAAGAAAUACCAUAUUGUGUCAGACCACAAGUCCAUUGAACCCAGUAUCCUGUGUCUGAAAGUGACACAGAUGGAUGCUAAGGAAGAGAGUAUUUAAUCAGGGGCUGUCCAAACUGAUCUGUACUCUUCUCUUAUAGCUUACAGCAUUAUAGAGUCCUAAGAAGUCCUAUUUGGAAGGCUGCAGCCCUACUAUCAUGCGUAUUCUGAAGUGGGAGAAAAAUCACAUUGAAAGUCAAUUUUUCUCCUCUUACUAAAUGCCUGUCCAAAAAAACUAAAGGGAUCUCCUACCUCUUGUGAUCUAUGUGCAGCCCAGUAGUCCACAUAUUGGCUGUUCUCUCCUUUGCAACACCUUUCCUUACAACGUGAUGCUAAACCUGAAAUUUCCUGAUUUAGAGUUCUAGAUUUGUAGUUUUAAUUCAUUCCCUUACCUUACAUGUCAUGCCCUUACACUGAAAUUUCAAGUUCAAGAACACUUCGUCAAAUUGGAAAACCUGGUUCUUAAGCAAUGGCUUAUCUGGGGGCAGAAAAAAGAGUUAUUUUUGAACAACUUGCCUGUGAAGGUAUUUUUAUUAUUUAUGUGCUGUUUAUGAAGAACCUGAAUGCAGUGAGAGCUGUAUUAACAUAUAGUACUCACCCCCCUCUCCCCCAUCCACUCUCUGCUACUGUACCUUUUGUUUUUAAGAGGGGCCAAAUGAGUUAUCCCCACGUAACCUGCAUCACUUCUAUAAGAUUAGCUGGAAUGAUGUGUGGAUCUUUGUUUAGUGUCAUCAGACAGGGCACUUGUAGGAGAUAUUACACAAGGAAAGCAAAUAUACCCAUUUACUGGGUAGAGGGAGAGGGGCACAUUUGCCAUUCAAGUGCUGCACCCAAGGACAGGUUAAGCAUAUUUUCUGAAAUGAUACUGAGCACAGUUUGGUCCCAUCUGCACUUGUAGUUAAACUAUUUUCAGCUCUGAUCUCAUCUGCACCCAUUGUCAACAAUAGGCAAAUUUCCUAGUAUAGAUGGGAUAGAGAGUAACAUUUGGCACUGUGUCCUACAUGUGAGGAUUGCAUAGCUCAUUACAGGUCUGUGGAGGCAUCCAGGUUUCCCUGUUACACUUGUAUUAAAUAUUAUCCAGUACUAUUUCCAUAUGAAGAGGAGAUGUAUGAUUUCAAAUCUUGUUCACCUUCAUGGAGCACAGCAGCAGGCAGUAAAGUAUGUUUCUAAUUUAUAGUGGAAUGGUAUUAUAUAUUAUGCAGUAUAAACAGCAUGACCUUUAAAAAGUUUUUAAAAGUCACUCCACAUAAUAGAAAAUGAAGUACAGACUGUGGGCAACGACACAGGGAACAUCCGGGCUUUGUUUAAUAUUCAUUGCGCGUGUUCUGUAAAAGUCAGUGGACAUUUAAAAAAUUUCAAUUUGCAUAUUUGUGUCAGUGCAAAUGUUGAAUGCCUUCUGAGCAAUUUAAAACAGAACAAAGAAUGAUUUAGAGCUUUA